AUGUCAUUGAAACAGAUCUUACAGCCAAGUCAACAUUAUUUAGAAAUUGCAAAACAGGCAUCCAUUACUUUGAAAGAACCAAGAAAGCAACUGCUCAUUUUGGAUCUCAACGGAACACUUGUGUCAAGAGUGAAAGGAGGUGGAUCUAUGUUUGUUCGACCGUUUAGUGAUUUGUUCUUUGACUACAUCUUUGAUCAUUUCACAGUGAUGGUGUGGAGUUCAGCACAACCUCAUUCAGUUAAUUUCAUGUGUCGAAUGUUUGGAUCUCAUCAGUCUAAACUUGCUCUCGUCUGGGAUCGUACCUCAUUCGGUUUAAGUAUAGAAGAGUACAGUAAGAAGACAGCGACGAUAAAGGAUUUGAGUAAAGUGUGGCAGAGAUUAGAAGGAUUUGAUGCGACAAAUACGAUCUUACUUGAUGACUCAAGCAGCAAGGCAGUCCUUCAGCCAUUCAAUGUGAUUCAUCCAACAGAGUUUGUUCAUGGCUCAAGUAGCUUCCGUUCAAGCGGAGAGUGUGAAUUGAUACAGAUUAUUGAUUAUUUAAAAGUGUUGAGAUAUCAAAGUAAUGUUGCUAAUUACAUCAUGAAUCAUCCUUUCAAGUCUAUUUUCAAUCAUCAGCUUAAUUCGUUUAAAGUGCUUCAUUUUAUAAAAUCAGAACAAGAUGGACGUGAAGUAGAUUUCAAUUAUAUAAAGCCAGCCAAUCAACAUAUCAGAUUUUAA